CCUGCGGCACCUGAGGCGGCGGCGCGGCCAAUCCCCGGCGGGGCGCGGGCGGCUCUGCCCGCCCCUGGCGCGGAGGGGGAGCGGAGCCGCGUCCCGGCCGCGCUGCGCCCUCAGCGGGCCCGCUCCGCUCCCGCUCCAUGGAAGCGGCCAACGGGGCCGUGCCCGAGGGCGCGGCGGAGCAGCCCCGCGGCCCCGCGGCCGCCCCGUCGGGCAAGAAGGAGGUGAAGGUGGUGAUCGUGGGCGACGGAGGCUGCGGGAAGACGUCGCUGCUGAUGGUGUACGCCAAGGGCUCCUUCCCCGAGCAAUACGCGCCCUCUGUUUUUGAGAAGUACACAACGAGUGUGACGGUGGGGAAGAAGGAGGUCACGCUGAACCUGUACGACACGGCAGGGCAGGAGGACUACGAUCGGCUACGGCCCCUUUCCUACCAGAACACCAACGUCGUGUUAAUUUGUUAUGAUGUCAUGAACCCCACCAGCUAUGAUAACGUAGCAGCCAAGUGGUAUCCUGAGGUGAAUCACUUCUGCCGGGGUGUCCCGCUCGUGCUGAUCGGCUGCAAGACAGAUCUCCGCAAGGACAAGGAGCAGCUGCGCAAGCUCAGGGCUGCCAGGCAGGAGCCCAUCACCUACAACCAGGGUGAAGCAGCUUGCAAGGAGAUUAAUGCACAAAUUUACCUGGAAUGCUCAGCAAAAUGUCGUGAGAACAUAGAAAAUGUUUUUAAAGAAGCCACAAGCAUUGCACUGAGUGCCAUGAAGAAAGCCAAGGGCCACAGGAAAAGGAGAGUGUGCUCAGUGUUAUGAUCUGGACUGCACGAGAGCCAAGUGAUUCAGAUUUUAUAAAAGGUUCACUUUAAAAACUUUUUUUUAAACAUUUGUAUUUCUAGGAUAAUUUUUAUUUUAAAAUUUUAAUUAUUUUUAGUAUUUUUGCACUUUUGUUACACUGUUCUCGUGGAGUUUUCAAAGCUGUUUAUCAUGGUUAGCUCAAUGCUGUGUGCCUUCAACCAUCUGGCUUUUGCUUCUAAGUGUGAACAACUCACUAUUUAAACUGCAAUGAACAGCAACUGCUACUAUAUAACUUAGUGUUGAGGUUUUUUCCCUCUGCAAAAUAAUUGUGGCAUGUUAGAGCUACAAUUUACUGCCUUUUUCCUGAAAACUCAAAUCUUUCAGAAGCAAUGUUAAAGCAGCUUAUCAGGCACCUUUGAAGAGACAGAAGAAGUUUUGUCUUAACAUUUUUAAGUUAAUUUUCCUGGUGGCAAUGGCAGGAGUUGGCCUCAAGCUGGCCCCUGAUUGCAGAUGGAACAUCCACCACCCCCUGGACCAGCUCUGCAGACCUGCACCUCAGAGUUCUUCAAGGCCUGCUGCUGCAAUGGAAAGUGGCAUUUAUCAGUGGAAAUACAUCAGUUGCUCCAAUUAAAUAAUGGAGAAUAAUGGAAAAUAGUUAAUGUACAGCACUUAAAAUUUAGAAGUACUCCAAGCAGCUACUACAUGUAAUGUUAAGUCAGUCUUAUAAACAUUUACAGCCUAUUUAAUACAAGACAGAUGCAAAUCAUGGUGCACUGGAGGAAAAAUUCAUUCACUUGUGAAAUCAUCUCUCCUGGUAUAAAUUAAAAUUUUCCCUUUUGUGAUGAAGGUGUCAGUUGUCUAAGGAUCAGGGAGGCUCCCACUGCACACCCUGGUACACGUGCCUCCUGUCUCCUGGUUCUUUUGCACAUCCCCUCACUGAGACCUCAGACUGCAGGAACAAUCCCUAGUUUGUACUCAUCAUAAACCAAACCUGAGAGGGGAAAUGAGGCUCCUGCAGUACAGGUGUUGCUGAAAGCUUUCUGUGUAAGGCAAACUGUACAUGACCAGCUGGUGCAAAACUGUUUUGGAGCAAGCCAUCAUAAUUGUUUUACAUGCAGGUAAACCCUUAAAAAACAUUUUUCUUUUUCAUUUUUUUCCUAACUUGUUUUGAUUUAAUUAAGGUUUUUUAAUACUUAUGAGUCUAAAAUAGGAAAUUAAAUUAAUUGAAAGUUUGUGCACAUCCUUGCCUAUAGAAAAACCCUGAAGAAUUCUGCAGCCUUUUCUCUGCUCGUUACUAAAAGAACCACCCCUCACCUCACUCAGUGCAAAACUGAAACAGCAACGUUCAGGAAGUGACCCACUCACCACCAGCUCCACAGUGGAAAUCUCUCUGGCUUUUUUAAUCUGAGUUUCUCAGGUUGCAGAGCUCACGUUACUCACCCCUGCAGAGUGAGAUUCCAGUUUGCUCUCAACAGACAACAAUUUAGAUUUCAUAAACUGAGAGUUCAAGGAGUAAACCAAAACCUUACAGGGUGUGCAAAAGAGCAAAACACAGCCCAACUGGUGUGAAAACUGUUGAAAAUAUGCAAAUUGCAGUUUAUUGUUCAUGCCCACAGGACAGUGACACAGCAAAGGUAAUUUUGCUAGCUUGAGCAACAGAAGUGAAUCCAUCCCAAGCCUGUGGUGCAUUAUCUGUGCCCUGGUGAGCACCCUCUGGGGAGGAGGGCACUGUUUUCCACUCAAUCUGCCAGAGGAUGUGCCCAGUUUGGGCUUUGUGCUGGCUCAAAGGGAGCCUUCACUGUUGGGAAAGACACAGCCCAAGGCAGCUCAGUGCUGCAGCUGCCUGAGGAGGUACAGAAGUUACAGCACCCAAAAAAAGGUGUUCCCAUGAGUGAGUGUAAAUUCAAGCAGCACAAGGACUUUAUCAGGGUAGCAGUCAGUGUUUGUCCCCUGCCAUCCCUUGACACAGCA